AUGACAACUGUAUCUCUCGGCCAGGCUGAGAAUGGAAGCCACUCAGCCUGGCCACAGGAUGAAGUUACGAGUUUUUUAGUCGGACGGGUGGGGUUCUCGCCAAUCUAUUCUGGGGCCGAUUUAUCUUCUUUUUCACUUGAGGGCUAUUGCGAUCGAAUGGUGAUAGGGGGUAGACAAGGAGAAACCCUGGCUCCUCCUUCUACGAUAGUGACCGAUACUGUGAUCGGGGACAGCAGAGAACCUUCUUGGCCGGAGCAAUACCUAGACCUCAUCGCACAGAACAACCUACUGUGGCUGGAAGACUUCGCUCAAAACCAGUCACAUUCUGCUAAUCUCGUGGAAGCCUCGACUCUGACCACAGUGGCGUUAGACUCACAGGCACGCUUACUUCCAAACCAAUUUCUAUAG